AUAUUUUUAGGACACCUCUGCAUGUUGCCGUGGAUAACUUGAACUACCGUGUGAUCAACCGAAUGCUGGAAAGGUCGGACCUGAUAAACUUUGAAAAGCGAAAUAGCGAUGGGAACUCUGCACUGUGGUUGGUCAUCAAAGCAAGUGCGGGGAAUGUCGCUGAAAGCACGCAGAGUGGCGAUUUAGUGCGGAAUAUGGUUAAACUCGGAGCCUCUGUGAAUUCUGUGCACCCGUCUAGUCAGGAUUCGCUGCUACACACCUGUGCUAGAGCCGGCUUUGAAGAAGCUUGUUUGUUCUUGUUGGACAACGGAGCCUUUGCUAACGUCACUAACCGC